GCAGCUGAUUCCGGGGAGGGAGACGCCGGAGGUGGGGGUGGCAAAGGCCAGGGGCUCUCCGGUUUCCAGCCCUGUCUUAUUAAUAGCCCCCAACACGCCCUCCCCCUCCUCCCCCCCCAUGCCAAAUCCCUGCCUAGCCCCGAGCAGCGGGAGGAGCUCAGCGGGCUUCCCGGAGAGGACGGUAAGGACUCCUCAACGGCUCCUAGGCGUCGGUCGGGGCUUGGGGUGUCGCUUUUCUCCGCAGAGAAGUGAUGGCAGACUCUGAACCCCCUCUGGAAGUGGAUUAUGCAGAAGCCACCUUGGACCCAGAUGGUGGAGAUGCAGAAACUCCAGUGGAGUUUGAUGGAACUGACGCCACGGAGCUGCUGUUCAUGGAUCCCAUCAGUGUACCACUCUCACAAGAUACGGGGGUCACAGGUGACUCCGCAGAGCUGCAGGAAGCCAUGGCAGGCGAGGAAGCAAGUGCUGCAGAACUCCAAGACGUGAGCAUGGAGGACCUUGCAGAGCGUUUUCAGGAGUGCAUUGAGGCCGUGGAAGAGCUGGAGAGGGAAAGGGACCACCUGAUUCAGGAGCUUGUGCUGCUGAGGGAACCAGCCCUUGAGGAAAUCAGGCAAGCCCACCAAGAGAUUCUGGAAGCCUACAGGUUUCAUGCCAAGGUGGAGCUCGAAAGGGACAGCCUGAGGGAUGAGAUUCGGCAAGUCAAAAGGAAGCUGUUUCGGGUGACCCGGGAAUGUGUGGCGUGCCAGUAUCAGCUGGAAACCAGAAGGCACGAUGUGGCCCAGUAUGCCGUCUACCGGGAAGAACUGGAAGGUCGGGUUGGCCAGCUCUCAGAGGAGCUCUCCCAGCUGAGAGAGACUUGUGAGAGAGAGAAGGAACAGGUCAGGCAGCGGUUGAAGGUCCCCAGGCGCCGGAGGGACAGCUGCUACCUCCAGGAGAGCCGGAGGCUUUCCAUGGAGUUUGAGAGCUUUGUGGCAGAGAGCCGCCAUGGCCUGGAAGAACACUAUGAGCCUAAACUGAUGCGCCUCUUGGAAAGGCGAGAAGCCAGCAGUAAGGCUUUGCAGAAGAUGCAGAGUGAGAUCCACAGACUGAAGGAAACUCUGCGGCCGCUGAAAGGAGAAGUCAGCAAGCUCUGGCUGCAGAACAGAAACCUGGAGGAACAGAUCCUGCUCAUUAAGCAAAAACGGGAUGAAGAAGUUCUCCAGUACAGGGAACAGGUGGAAGAGAUGGAAGACAGACUGAGGGAACUGAAGAAUGGAGUUCAACUUCAGCAGCGAAAGAACCAAGAAUUGGAAGAGCUGAGAGCCAGCUUACAUCAAGAACUAUCCAUUUACAAAGACUGCUUAGAAAUCUAUGGACAACUCUGCAAGUCAGAAGCAAAAUAAGAGCAAGACUGAAUUCCAGAUUCCCGAGCAUGGACUUCUUUUUUCUGGUCAUUAGCUGGGAAGAUAGUUUCUGUUCGAUGAGAAAGGAGGUCUAACAAUCAAAACUUUGAGAUGAUCGUUUGCAUCUUUAUUAUGUCUUAAGGUGCUGCAAAUGAUCUUCUGAAAUCUGGUACUUACACUGGACUGAGGUCAUGUCAACAGAACACCAGAUGUGCAUUACACACAACUGCACAGUUAAAGCCAACAUGCCUGCACGUUUGUCAAUAUUUCUUUUUCUUUAAUGUUACUCUCCUGUGUAAGAGGGCUGUUCAAGAACAGAAUUUAAUUCUUUAAGACGUCUGUUUAUAAUUUUAACAUGUUAUGAAAACAGGCAUUAAAUCCUAUUAAGUGCUUUUUAUAUA